AUGCCAUACAUAGAGAGUUCAGAGAAAAAGGGUUCCGUUAAGGUGGCACUUUUGGGUGCUGCAGGUGGCAUAGGCCAACCAUUGACAUUAUUGUUGAAAACCCAAUUGGGGGCUAAAAUCCUAGGCCAGGAAAACAAGCAGUUGGAACUUGCCUUAUACGAUAUUGCGCCUAUUUUGGAGGGUGUUUCUGCAGAUGUUUCACAUGUCAACACUCCAGUGUUGUUAAAACACUAUAUUCCAAAGGAUAGAGACGACGAGAGUGCCCUCUCUGAGUGUUUGCAGGGCGCUAGCCUGGUUAUUAUCCCAGCAGGGGUUCCUCGUAAACCCGGAAUGUCACGUGAUGAUCUCUUUGCGAUUAACGCGGGUAUAAUUCGCACGCUUGCCAAGGGUAUUGCAGGAAAUUGUGAUCUAAGCAAGGUUUUCGUGCUUGUGAUUUCUAAUCCUGUGAACUCGCUUGUGCCUGUUAUGGUUGAGGAACUUGCUAAGGAGGCUAAGCGUCUAGAGAUCGCCGCUCCUGUGCAACGUCGUGUGUUUGGUGUCACCCACCUGGACGCUGUACGUGCUUCAACUUUCUUGCAGCAGCUAACCAACUAUUCAGGUAACCGGGUUCCAUCUGUCCCAGUUAUAGGAGGACAUUCUGGUGAAACAAUCUUGCCUUUGUUUGGCGAGGCUCAGAAGGAGCUUGGGUUCUCAGAUGAGCAGCUUGCCAAGUUGGUUCACCGGGUACAAUAUGGUGGUGAUGAAGUCGUUGAAGCUAAAAAAGGAGCUGGUUCCGCAACGCUUUCAAUGGCUUACGCCGGGUAUGAGUUUGCUUCAAACUUUGCUGACUUACUGUUGGGCACCGUUGACAAAAUCAAUGUCACAACAUUCAUUUCCUUAUUGGAUGCUGAUAAAGCUCCAGUUGCGGAAGGUGCUAGUGAGGUGCUAGAGGCUACCGACAAUACGGAAUACUUCGCUGUUCCACUUGAGGUUACCGCAGAGGAGGGUAUAGUCAAGAUAGAUACUUCUUUCUUGACUCAAUUAAAUGAAAACAAUACCAGGAAAUUGCUUACUGCCUGUAUCUCCGCCCUAAAGAAGAAUAUUGAGUUGGGCAUCACUUUCGCUAGUUGA